AUGCUUAGUCGGCUGAUCCUGGCAGGAAGUCAGACGGCAGCUCGGGUUUCAGUGCACCUGGACUCUGCAGCCGUGUGGGUGGACAGGCUUGUCUUGCCAAAUACUGCUCUUGAAGUUCUCCAGAUCAUGAGACUGGGAUCCGUUGCUCCCUCGAAGGAGAUGAAGGCAGGAGGAGGAUGUGGAGCCCGGCUGAGGAGCAGCAGUGAUGGAAGCAGAUACAGCAGGAGAGCAGUUGGCCUCCCUAGUAACUCCUCUUCCUCCUCCCCAGUUCUCUCCAACCCCAAAUCAGUCCUGAAGAGACCAGUGAGCACGGAGGAGCUGCAAACACCAGGAGGACCUUACAUGAAGAAAACAUUCACAAUUGUGGGCGAUGCAGUGGGUUGGGGGUUUGUGGUGAGAGGAAACAGGCCGUGUCACAUCCAGGCUGUGGAGCCCUGCGGCCCAGCUGCUGCUGCAGGGAUGAAGGUUUGUCAGUUUGUGGUUUCGGUCAACGGUCUAAAUGUUCUCAAUCUGGACUACCGGACUGUCAGCCACCUUAUCCUAACAGGACCCAGAACCGUGGUGAUGGAGGUGAUGGAGGAGACCGACCAUUGAGGAAUGAAAGAAAUAUGGAUGUAUAAACAGCACAGUAAACAGCUGCCAUG